CCGCAGAGCUGCCGGAGCCGCCCCCGCCUGCCCUGGCACUGAUGAGCAGCAUGAAGACCCAGCUGCACAUGGCCCUGGAGCGCAACUCCUGGCUGCAGAAGCGCAUCGAGGACCUGGAGGAGGAGCGGGACUUUCUGCGCUGCCAGCUCGACAAGUUCAUCUCCUCCACCAAGGUGGACGCCGAUCACUGCCGCAGCAAGCAGCCCCCGCGGCGGGCGGAGGCUGCCGAGAGCCGGCCCGGCGAGGCCACAGACAACGAAAGCCUGGCGUCCUCGCUCAGCGCCGCCUCGGAGCAGGGCGGCUCCACAGAGCGCAAGAAACAGAAGCAGAAGGGGGGGGUGAGCCGGCGGCGCUUCGGCAAGCCCAAGGCCCGAGAGCGCCAGCGAGUCAAGGAUGCUGACGGGGUGCUAUGCCGCUACAAGAAGAUCCUCAACACCUUCCAGAAGCUGAAGAGCAUGAGCCGGGCCUUCGAGCACCACCGGGUGGAUCGCAACACGGUGGCGCUGACCACACCCAUCGCCGAGCUGCUUAUUGUGGCGCCCGAGAAGCUGGCCGAGGUGGGCGAGUUCGACCCAUCCAAGGAGCGGCUGCUGGAGUACUCGCGCCGCUGCUUCCUGGCGCUGGACGACGAGACCCUCAAGAAGGUGCAGGCCCUCAAGAAGAGCAAGCUGCUGCUGCCCAUCACCUACCGCUUCAAGCGGUGAUGGGGCUCCCUGCUGUCCCCCACCCCGGGACCCAUCACUCUGCAAACCGCCCUAUCCCACUGCUGACACCAGCGCUGCCCCCUGGGAAGCCCUCAAGCCACCCUAUCCCGCUGGUGAUACCAACACUGCCCUGGGACUCCCUCAAACCGUCCUAUUCCACUACUGCCACUGCGGCCGCCCACCUCCCCUGGGAUCUGUGAUCCCGUGAAUUGGCCCAUUCCCACGCUGUCCCUCAAGACUCCCUUGAACUGGCCUAUCUCACCAAUGCUGCCCCCACCCCUCAGCAUCUGUCACUCCACGAACCUGCCUAUCACACUGCUAACACCAGACACCUGAGACCCCCUCGAACCAUCCUAUCCCACUUCUAACACCAACGCUGCUGCCCUGGGGCCCCUCGAACCACGCUAUCCGAUGGCUGACACAAAUACGUACCCAGUCGCUGCUGCCCAUCACUUCAGGCAGCAAUGGGAUACCCCCCACACACACACUAUUGCCCCCCAGGACACUUCCUCCCACUGCUACCACAAAUAUUGCCCCCCAGAUCACCUCUUGCUUCAAGCAAUGAUGGGACUAGGGCCCUGUCCCGCACUGCUGCCCAUCACCUAUCACUUCUGGGAGUAAUGUCAUAGCCCACCCCCACCACACGUGAUCCCACUUCUGCCACCAUCGCACUGCCGCCACCCUCUAUUGCUUCAAACAAUGGUGUGACCCUGCCCUGCUCCAACAGGCCCCCCGCUACCAUUGACCCCCACACUCCUGCCGCUCCAGCUCCAGCUCCUUCCUUCUGUCCCAUUCCUCUGCCUGUGGUCACCGAAUCGCUCCACCCCAACACGUGAUGAAUGGCAUUGUUCCUCCCUUUUUCUGUGCACACCACCUGCUGGUCUCAGCACAGCCAGGGAGCCAGAAUGCCUGGGUUCUCUCCCUGGCUCUGGGACAGGAGCAGAGUCUAGUCGUUAGAGCGGGCGGGUUCUCGGUUCUGUUUGCCCUCUCUGGGGCCUUGGGGAUGUUCCAUUUUUCCUCCCCACUGGCAGAGCGGGGCUGAGUGUCAUGGGGCAGAGCAAGGGGUGAGUGUGAGUUCUGGGAGGGGGCUGUGCCUCCCACUCCUAUCCCAGGCCUGCCCAUGGGAGCAGCUGAGCUGCUGGGCCAUUGGGGAGGUUGGCAUCAGGGCGUGGCUCUGAGAGGCCCAUUCCCACACCCCUGCCCUGGGGUAGGAGGGCUGGGAUAGCAGGGGCUGGGCUGGGCUAGCCAGGGGGCUAGCGCAAGGGGCUACGAGCUGGGUGCUUUCUUGUGGCUCAAGGGGUUCUGGUGACGUGGCUGGGGCGGGGCUGGCUGGACCAGACUCCAGGAGUCGGGUCAGGUAGGAAAACGCCCGACUCUCCUGCCCAUGAGGUCGGUCUGGCUGGGUUGUGGGAAUGGGCCACAGGAGGGAGAGGGGGGCUGGCCCCCCGGGCGGGAGCUGGCACUGGAGGAAGGGCUGGGGUCAAGCUGGGAAACAGUUUGACCCUCUUGGACUUGCGUCCGCUUCACGCCUAAAAAUUAGGCCUGAGCAGAGCUCUGUGACUCGGCGGGGUGGGGGAUGGGACAUGAUCUGAACCCCAUGGACUGGCUGGCUCAGGGGGGCGGGGAAUGGGAAACAGGGCCUCUCCCCUCUAGAGGGUGCUGGCUCCCACCUGGCCCCAGGGCAGGGACUGGCUGGCUCAGGGGGGCGGGGAAUGGGGCCCAGGGGCCUUUCCCCUCUCCGGGGCACCAGCUCUGAUCAUGACCCAAAUUGUCAAUUUCACCCCUAGGUUCUACAGUGCUGUUAAAAUUGGGGAGGAGGGCAACUGCGCUGAGCUGAUUGGCCAAACAGGCUGCAGGGGGCUGUGCUGAUUGGCCAAUAGCUGCCCCGCCUACGUCUCCAACUUGGGGUCCCGAUUCUGGACCCAACCUGCCGGCCUUGCCCUGAGCUCCCCCCUUUGAUCUGUUCCACGUACAGAUCCCCCCACAACACAUCCCGUAUUGCUUAGAGACCAAACCUGACCCCCAUGUUCCCUCCCCGCCCUGCUCCAUUGCCUGCCGACACCACCCUCCCCUCAGCAGGGCGGGAGCACCCCCCAUGCCAAGGGCAAUUGGGUUCCUACUCUGUCUUCCCCCACCUGGCACCAAUGAAAGCGCCAGAUCGGGUCCCCCAUCCCGCCCCCCUCACGGGGAUUGUCAUUGAUUCACUUCGCUCCCUGUUUUAGGGGGUGAUUUUCCCUCCCCCUACUGCGGCCCUGAGCGUGAGUGCAAGGGGCUGUACGCGGCAGCGUGCCCGGGAUGUCCCUUUCUAUUCAGUGUAACAAACUCUCUUCUCCACUGUGCCUGUUCUUUCAUGCCCUCUCUCUAUGUUUAAAAAAAAAAGAGAAAAGAAAAAAAAUCUACAAAAAAAUCAAUUUAUUAAUAGAAUUUAAAUU